AUUCUCAGGCUGCUGAGAGUGAGUCUGGAUUAGAAGUGCCCUUAUUCCUGGGCCAUGCACAGUGCAGAAAGCAUUGCUAAGCCAGCCAAGGAGAGGAGAAACCUAUCUUCCUACCUGAGAACCAGAUGGGAGAACCUUAAUUGUGACUCCAAGAGAAGCCCCUUCAUUCUAGAGGGUUAAGACAUUGGAGGCUGUCCCGCGUUGGAAGUGGGAGACUGGAAUACCUUGAAAGAGAAGCAGGGGGACGCAGCUAGCUGCAGGCACCCCAGAGCCUCUGAAAAUGGAGGAGCAGGACACGGCCGGCUCCAAAUUGUGGCAGGGGAUGCAGGGGGAAGGAAAGAGAGUCCCGCAAGUGGUCAAUGUGGGGAGCAUCGGGACCUUCAUGAGCAAGGAUCUCCCACCACAGAUUAAGCGGGAGCCAGAGGAGAGGCUGAAGCAGCACUGGGAGACCCAGUGGCAGCAGUUCUUGCAGAGCGUGCAGGCCCCAGACUCCAGAUCGCAGCCUCAUCCCAUCUCUGGGGAGGAGGCCAAGGAGAUCCAGGCCUCCUUCCAAGGUGUCGCCAAAGCCGCGCAGUGGCCGAGGGGUGGCUGGGUAACCCAGGCUGUGCCGGGCCUCGGCGGGGAAGCCCAGAAGGUCUACCGAAGCCUGGACUCCUUCGUGAAGGUGAAGGAGGAGGCCGCGAGCGAGGGGGCCCUGCGGCCGGAGACACGGCGCCAGCGCUUCCGCCACUUCUGCUACCAGGAGGCCAAAGCCCCCCGGGAUGUUUGCCAAAGGCUCCGGGAACUUUGCUGCCAGUGGCUGAAGCCAGAGAGGCACACCAAGGAGCAGAUCCUGGAGCUGCUGAUCCUGGAGCAGUUCCUGAUUAUCCUGCCCCUGGAGAUGCAGAGCUGGGUACGCGAGAGUGAGCCGGAGAGCUGUGCCCAGGCGGUGGCCCUGGCAGAAGGCUUCCUGAUGGGGCGGCGGGGCGGCAAGAGAUGCGGGCAGCAGCUGCCAGUGCCUUUUGCGGAGGUGGCUGUGAAUUCCUCCAAAGUGGACCAGAUCCUGUCCGACACUUGGAGCAAGCAGCUCUGCAGAAUAGCCAAGCAGGAUCAGAGCAAGGAGGAAAACCAACUCAGUAAUGCCGACGAGCAGGUGGGAGAUAACCUUCAUCACCAGGAAGGCUCUGACCAGGUGGAGCCGCACGAUGCAUCCAUGAGAAUCGGCUUGGUCUUCCAGAAUUACGAGGAGGGAACGGUGUUAUUGGGUCAGAAGGCGUUGGCAGGCAAGCAGGACCCCGAAAAUAGAACGGGCGGAGCUGUAGCCUGUUGGGGAGGCAGCUUCCACAGGAAGGAACCCGAAGCCCAGGGUUGUGUAGAGGUAAAACCGCACAGCGACACCAUCGGGAGCUUCCGGCCGAGCCAAAGCAUCCUUAAGCGGGAAGCGGUCGGCGGGGACGAGAAACCGUUCAAGUCCUCGGACUGCAGGGAGGCCUUUCCUCCGAGCCCAGGCCUCCUUGUCCCGCACGAGAGGAGCCACGCGGGGGACAGGCGAUAUAAAUGCUCCGAGUGCGGGAAGAGUUUCAGCCAGAAGCGGUACCUGGCGGGGCACCGGAGGAUCCACCGAGGGGAGACCCCAUACAAAUGCUCAGACUGCGGGAGGAGCUUCAACCGGAAGUGGAACCUCAUUGCUCACAAGAGGAUCCACUCGGGGGAGAACCCGUACAAGUGCUUGGACUGUGGGAAAACAUUCAGCCAGAAGGGUAACCUUAUGACCCACGUGAGGAUCCACACGGGGGAGAAGCCCUACAAGUGCGCCGAGUGCGGGAAGCGCUUCAGCCAGAGGGCGGGCCUCACCUCGCACAGGAAGAGCCACAUAAAAAUCAACAGCGUAGGGAAAGCCACCUUGGGGUAUCUGAUUCUCCUAAACCUCAGUGAAUCUGGGCAAGAGGGGAGCCCCGUAGAAGCUUAGGAGUUGGGUGGGGAGCUCCAUGCAGAGCUUGAAAACAUUCUUUGUCUGGGGAAAAAGGAAAGGAAGAAGGAAACCCUUAGAAUUCCCAACUGUGAUAGAAACAGGCUGCGGACGUGUAGGUUUGAGAAUAAGUUCUGUAAAUGCUGUGACUGAAUGACACUGGGACAGAACUAUCACUCUCAACUCAUCAAACGGCAGGUUGUGUGGCACGAGACUCUUAAUCUCAAGGUCGUAGGUUUGAGUUCCAUGUUGGGCAAAGGGUUCCUGUAUUGCCAGGGGUUGGACUAAGAUGACGCAUGUGGUCCCUUUUGACUCUACAAUCCUAUGAAAAGUGUUCUGGGCUAUAUGGGAAGGGCUGCAUCUCAGUGGUAGAGCACGUGGGUUCAAUUUCUGACGUCUCCAAUUAGCGCCAACGAUGCUAAGCUCGAUGGACCAGUGGUCUGACACAGAAUGAGGCAGCGUCCUUUGUUUAAGCAGCUCUCAUUUAGAAGGUCUGGGAUCUCACUUAGUCUUUAAGAGAAUAGACCAAAACUCAGAGGUAGAGCAUCUGCUUUU